CUUUAUUUUGAAACAAUGAACAGGAUUGCUAGAAACCUUUUAAAAGUUCAUCGGCUGACAUUCUCAAGCAAACGUUAUGUAGAAUGUCCACUUCCUGCAGAUUAUUACGAGCCUGAGACUGUAAUGGCGACUACAGACAAUGGGAUUAGAGUAUGCACUGAGCAGACGUGUUUUCCUCUCGCCUGCAUUUCCCUCUUCAUCCAGACAGGCCCGCGAUACGAGAAUCGUGAAUACAAUGGAAUAAACCACUUUAUAGAACACAUGGCUUUCAAAGGUUCAACUUGCAGGCUAGAAAACUUCUACGCAUCCGGCUCGCGCCUGGACGCUCGAACUAUGCAGGAGUACCAAAGAUUCACCGUCACGUGCAAUCCCGAGUGGAUUAAGACUGCUACUCUCCUACUCUGCGGAAUAGUCGACCAAUUGGAAUUGGACGACUGCGAGGUCGAACGAGAAAAAGACAAUAUCUGCCUAGAGCUGCAAGACGGAGACAGGAAUUUCAAAACAAUCGUUUUUGAGAACUUGAUACAGUCAGCGUUUCAAGGUACGAGUCUUGGUCAGAAGGUGGUCGGGUCGUCGACGAAUAUAGCCCGAUUUGAUAGCAGCAUGGUUCAGACGUACAUGAGCUCUCACUACCAGCCUUGGAGACUGGCGUUCGCAAGCUCUGCUCCCGUUUACAACGGGUUCAUACUCGCCGACGUAUGUAACAUGCUUAAUUCCAUGCCCACGACCUGUCCGGACUCCGACCGUGGCGGCAGUCGAUACACAGGCUCUUCUGUCAUUUUCCGUGACGAUUCUAAAGAAUUUGUUCAUGUGGCAGUGGCUUUUGAAGCACCUGGUUUUUUAAGCGAGGAUUACAUGUCUAUGCGAAUACUUAAGAAUGUUAUCGGAUCUUGGAGUAAGUCGGACUCUAUGAUCGGGGCGUGGCCGGAGCUCGCCAUGCGUUGCGUUGACACGGAACUCUGUAAUAGCUUCGAGAGCUUUUACAUAACUUUUGGUGACGUCGGUCUUUGGGGAGUUUACUUCGUGUGCGAUAAGAUGGACUCGGAAGAUUUCUUACACAAUUGGCAGGAUGUUUUGAAAUCUAUGUGUUGCUAUUUGAAAAAUAGCGACGCUAUGCGUGCGAAGUGGGCGACGAAGUUGGAGCUGUAUAAAGAACGAGCAGGCGCUUACAACUCGAGCGUCUCUAUGGGUAAAGAGAUCUUGUAUAGGGGCAUGCGGCCAUCGCUGAAGGAUUACGGACAUGCCGUGGACAUCUUGCAGACGUAUGAGCUGCAGGAUUUAGCCUACAAGAUGAUCUACAACGCGCAGCCGGUCAUAUCGGCCGCGGGCCCGACGGAAUGUUUACCGGACUAUAACAGGAUCGCUGCUAGUCAGUAUUGGAUUCGAUUGUAAUUUUUUUUAGUAAAACAUUAAAACUACGUUGCCCCGUAGACAUCAAAGAGAACGAAUUAACCGUAGGGAGAAUACAAAUAACAAGACCGUUACACGCCUUGUAUCCAUGAAUCUGUCAGCGCCAUUUAAAAUUUAAUUUUAUCACCUGCUCUCUCCGUUUUGUACCAUUCAAUUCAUAAAGUUUAAUUAAACUAAGACUAAAACGAAAUGACGUUGAUUUAUUAACAAAGUG